AUGAUUUUCGGAGUUUUCCGACAAGUACAUGAACGAGAAUUGAGAAUGAUCACGUAUAACUCAGUUUUAAUGGACAUGCAGUUGGAAGCGCUUGAUUUGUCAUACAAUGACAUCAAAAUAAUCCCGAGCAUCGAUUUGAGACAACUUGGUCUACGUACCCUGAGUUUACACACUGAGAUUGGUUUAUCUUACAGCUCUAAACUGCGAAUUUUAGAACAGUUUGUAUUUUCUCAUAUACCAAAUUUGCGUGCUGUCAAUCUAAUCUACUCCAAAUCAUUCACUUAUCUAUCACCGCAUAUCUUUAUCAAGAAUACUCUAGGCGUUUUACACUGCACGCCAGAGAUUUUACGAGAUGAAUUGUUAUCCGUGAUGUCACAAGGCUUUUUUGAUCACAAUCCUUUGCGUUGCGGCUGUAUCAUUAAAUUUAUUGCAAAGGAUAUAACACAUCUUCGCAAUCUAUAA